AUGCUCUUUCAAAACACUUGUUCUGUAAUAAAUCAAAUAAUAAAAUUUGAAUUAGCAAGUUCCUUAAAGAGAUUUAUCUAUUUGUUAUAUCUGAGAACGCAUUGGCUCUGGUGGUGUUAUGAGGGUCAUAAUAUGCCCAGAAUGAGUAUAUGCAACUUGAAGGACUGAAAUAUUUG